UUGAUAUUGAACACGGCAUACAACAACAUACCGACUCUCGUUCAACACUACCUUAUACAAGCGAUCAUCCCUAUGCGAUCGUACACCUCUAUAACUAAGGUGUCAUUCAUUCGUUUGCCAUUGACCGCUUAAGAUAUCUACAACGACGUUGCGAUAGAAUCGCCACUUGGACAGCCGCAACUUCCAUCUCGGACGCUUCGCCGCGAACAGCCGUAUAUCUGUGAUCCAGCAACGACUCCCAACAAAACUCCUCGCGUUAACAACGACUUACCAACAGUCUACCAUCCCCACCCAGGCCCGUCACGAGCAGAUCUGGGCGUCACCACGCCUCUAAGCGUCUCUACAACGCAUCUUUGUCUCACCUGCGUGUACAUUGCCACCGAGGAGAUGGCAGCAACGACCUGCUCUUGCAGCCACAGCAUGUUCGAUGGCCGCGGCUGUUGCCCGGCAUGCUUUGAGCGACAACACCAACGCCAUUAUCGGCUGUCCGGACGCCGUGAAGCCCUUCGUGAGCCCACGCAGGGCGCACGUCGGUCUUCACCUUCCGCAGUUGCCGUCAUCAACGAAGCUUUUCUCCAUGGCGAGGACGAGGAUUCUCUGCAUUUGCUACCUGCCCAUCUCUAUCGCGAGCCUAGAAGGCGUGCAUCCACGCGGGCAUCCAGCUCUGCAGCAAUUCCAGCCCGGACGUUGGCCUUCCGCCAUCAGGAUGACCAAGUGGGACCGGUGGUGGGACAGUCUGUGAGUCGAGGCUCAAGUCCAUGCGCGACUCCAGUACCCAGCCGCAUCGCACAGGACAGCCCGCCGUUCGUGACUCCUCGACACAGCGAUGAGCAUGCACGUCCAGAAGCGAGCCAGCUCGCGCGGCCGCAGACGCCAGAUAGUGGUAACGGUGUCGGGAUGAAGACCGAUGCGUACUCGCCUAUGGCUGCUCCAUUUGCGAGCUUGCGACACAGAGAGCUAUCUGUAAGCCCUAGGAAGAGAAUGGGUGAGGCUGUGAAGCAAGAACGGACAAGCCUGGAGAUGGAGAUGCGGUUGUUUGACGGGCCCGCCUAAAUUACUUGGUUGCCGGAUUUUGUGAAGCGUUCGAUAGCGAGUAAGGUGUUGGCGGAGGUUAGAUGUUGGA